AUGACGACGCAUGCUAUCAGGCGGCCGCCCAACCGGUGCUCGUAUGCUACCGGGACGGUGGCCGACCUGGCCGUCUCUGCCGAGCUUCAGCACCAGCGUAGAACCUACGAUCUGGAUGCUGAAUACCCUGUGGUGCAACAUGACGAACUGAUGGUGCUCGACAUCUCAGACGAGCCGCAAGCCGACGCCCAACCGAACGUGAUCCAGCUAGACGAUAACGACGGGACUGAGGACCCCUUCUUUACACCACCGCCCAAUGAGACAGAGCCCCAACAACCGGUGAUACUUUCGUCGAAAGACCUACAGGAAUCCGCCGCAAGCUUCGCCAAACUCGCGCAAGCCCGCUACGACGAUGAAACGAUGGCCUAUGGACUCAUUCUUAACGCUAUACAGGAGUCACUUAAGCUCCUCAGGAACGAGAAGCAGACCAAAAUAAUCAAAACUGCACUAUCCAACAUUCCUAGAUAUUGGCCCGCAUAA